ACUGUGGAGAUCAAAGGCGCGCCGCUCGGUGUAACGAGGCGGACAGCUUGAGUGGCCAGAUCAAUAGUAUGUGGUACUCAGGACAGAUCAUCUGUCCUUCUUUCUUCAAGUCUGGGCACAGAUAGUGUCGAACUCCGUCGUGCGACGAUGUUUAAUGUUGCCACAAGAUGCUAGGGAGGGUGGUGGUGCUAGUGCUGGCCACGAUGCAGGCUGUGCUGGCUCGGGAGACGGCGUAUCUUGAAGUGAUUCUGUUUGAGAGCACGCCGCCGCACGGCGAUGGUUACACCACCUACACUUACGAUCUACAGGGCCACUUUUCAGCCGCCGGUGCUACAGUCUCCGCAGAGGGAGACAUUAUCCAACUGCACCCCCUGGGCCUGUGUAACAACAGUGAUGAGGAGGACCUGCACCAGUAUGGAUGGGUGGGUGUGGUCAAGUUAGAAGACCCGGCCCUGGAACCUCAGCCCUGCCUCUCCAUCUUUGGCAAGGCAAAAAAGGCCAUUCAAAGAGGGGCCAUUGCUGUUAUUUUUGACGUGACAGAAAAUCCUGGUGCAAUAGAUCAGCUGUCAGAAGGAGCAGAGGAACCAUUGAGUCACCCUGUGGUGGUCAUCCAUAAUGAGGAGGCUCGCAAGCUGAUGAGCAUCGUGAACAGACAGACCAUGGCACGGGCUCGUAUACAACAUAGCAAGGACCCUUACCUGCCACAGCGGUCUUCCAAUGAGUACUUUGACAUGGGGAUCUUCAUGGCAUUUUUCAUCCUCAUCUCUCUGAUAUGCCUGGUGUUACUGCUCAAGAUCAAAUGGAGACAGAGACAAAAGCAGAGCUCUUUAGAACGACAAGCUACUCAUGCUAUAUCUAAGAUGGAAACUCGGAAGUUCAAGUCCCUGGUGGGGAAAGGUUCUGCAGGAGAUGUGGGGAGUGGGUCGUGCAGGAGGUGGAGCCCCCCAGCAGGCAGGUGUGGCUGGGAGCUGGAUGGGCUGAGCAGCAGCUCCGGAGGCUGUCUGUGUGCCAUCUGUCUGGAGGAGUUCCAGGAUGGGCAGGAAUUGCGGAUAGUCCCAUGUUUACAUGAGUUCCACAAAGACUGUGUUGACCCGUGGCUGCUGUCCAACAGAACCUGCCCGCUCUGCAUGUACAACAUCAUAGAUUGCCAGAUUUCCAAGACCUUUUCUGUACCAGGAUGUCUGCCAGAUCAGAGUUUCCAUGGAGACCAGAGUUCUUCCAUAGUUCCCAUGAGAUUUCCUGCCCACAGAAUGCAAACUGAGUCUCCCAUGCACAGAAACAAAGGUAGUAUACACAGGAACACAGCUGGAACCACACAGGCCCCAAGUUUGCUAGGGACUAGGGACUCCAGUGCUCACACGGUGUCAGAAGCAUGGAUGGGUAGUUUGUGCCAGGACAGUUCUGUGCCAUGCAGCAGCAGUGUUCACCAUCAUCACCACCAUUACUACCACCAUGGAGACUUCCCACACUGGCCCAGUGGGCAGGUGGUGGCACCAGUCCAUGUCCAUGCCAGUCAGAACCACACACUCACGUCCUGGCGCCCCAACUCUGUCAGUAGUUCAGGGUAUCAUGCAGAUGUAACCAGUUGUUCUUCCUUACAUUCCAGUAAGUGUAGGUGUAGUAACUUCAGUAGUAGCAGCUCCGGGGACGUCACAGAUGUUAGUAAUCAGGGUAUUUAUGGCAGCACGUCCACCUUCAAGAGUGAGCUAAGUUCAAGCUCCAGAGACAAUGUCUAUGCUGGGAAUGUUGCAAGCACAUUUGACAACAAAGAAGAGAUGUUUCCUCCUCAUGGGGAACAUGUAGCCACAGACGUUCUCCACUGCCAGACCAACAGGUGUAAAACCAAGACUCAAGAUAGUUGUAUCAUAAAUGAAAGUUCAUCAGACUCAAGUCAGGAGUUCAGCAGAUACAGUAGUGACUUAUCCCUAGAGGAUGCGUUAGAAAAUGCCUUGAGGUUACAGAGAAGCUGUCGUAACUUUGCAACCCAAAGUACUUUGGAACCGUGCAGAUUCUGUUUGGGAAGUUGUUCAGUCAGAAGACAGCUUUCCUGUACCAGACGAAGCAGUGCUGUAGAGAGUAUAAACAAGAAGGCCGAUGUUGGGAACUACAGAGGCACACGUGAUGUUGCAGUGCAUCAGUGCCAAGUCACCCUGACUACAGGGCCUGGAUACCCAGCAUGCAGUUCUCACCUCCAACCAAAAGGUCGUAGAAGUGUUGCUCCCAGGCCUGGGUCAUGUCAGGAGCUGCCAACAAAGGAACAAGCCAGGCCUGGGGUCUGUGCACACUGCCAGAGGGAGUCCCAUCAAUCCAUAAUGGUCUACACAGGCAGGCCAGAUGAACCGUACAUCUCUGUUCCACUGCAUGAGGCAGACCAGCGUUUCCUGAGGGGCGUGGUGUGAUCUCCAGCGAGUCCGUUCUACCAUGUGCAAUUACUGAGUAGUAACCAAGAUAGAAAAACCAAAACGUCUUAGGUGAUUAUCAGAUAACCUGCAAAGCCUUCUUUAAAUUUGUUUCAUUUAACUUGUUUUUCAUCACACAUCAUAUUAUUGCUGUGAUUUUUUGUGCACUUAUACAUGUAUUACUUCAGGACAUGAGAGAGAGAGAGAGACGUACAUGUACAUGUAUGCUCUGAGCUGAGCUACAUGUACAUGUACAACCUGAAUAAAUCACAUUAAGACACCAUACAAUAAGAAGGUAUUUCCAAUAUCAACAUAUAAAACUCCUAUUGGUUAUCCUUAAUCAUUAAUAUAUAAUCACAAAAUGUAUGUCAACUUUAAUACAGCACACUACCUCCUUUACUUCAAUAUCACCCUAUCAUUCUCAUAAAAAUAUACAGGUACAGUCUACAUGUAUGCACUGAAGCAAUUUGUAGGCUUUACUAAUUACUGAAUGUCUAAUAGAACAUGUGAUGUCCUUCUUACCAAAUUGGGAAAAAGAUAUAUCAGUUCAUCCAAAUUUAAUGUGCACCAUAACCCUAAAUGCAGAUCAGAUUUUGCUGUUGAUGGAAUCUUUGGGUGUUGAUACAAAAGAAUGUACCUUUUUUCUCUACCAUUUUUGUUACACAAAUACUGGUCUGAGAUGUGGGUGUCUAUGAAUAAGAAGUUUCAUCACUGUGGUGCCCUUUAAGCAAGCCCGCUCAAAUCCGGCUGGUAAACAAAUGAAAUGCUGGAUUGUAUCAAAUGCAUAUGUAGAAUGUGAUUGGUAAAAGCAGGUUGGUAAGACAAAAUACUGCAGUGUCUUUCCUUCAAUAUCACAUAAACAUCUCUUUCAGCUCUGAAUUACCCUAUAUAGUCGGGAGGAAACUGCAACAUUUGAGAUAAUUUAAAACCCAUACAACUACAAGUCAACUAUCACUUAGUAAUGUCCUUGUCUUAUCAUAAUUUUUGCUGUAAGAAUGACUUCCAUUUCCUUGGUGCAAGCCAUACAUUUUUCAUUAAUAUUAAUUAUAUAUUAUUAAUUAUCAUGUAAAGCCUGAAUUUCUGAUGGGUCCCCAUGUGUCACAAGAGACUGCCACAGUGAUAAAGUCUAUGCAGUGCCUUCAACAUGUAACGUUGUACAAUGUAUGUGCUGCUUCUGGCAAUGCGAAACCUGCAAUUUAUUUACUGUAUACAGGAUUUUACAUGUUAGUUAUUAUUUUUCAGAUUGGCACAUACAUGUACCAGUAAACAUUUCUACCUAUAUAACAUGUCAUUAUGAUAUCUGCGUACUUUAAGUUAUCAAUAAGAUACAUUGUAAGUUACUUUGUGUCAGCCAUUUGUGCCUUUGUAAAUGUAAGACUAGUUGUACACUAAUAGUCAUUACUGGUAGUGCAUCUAUUAAAGUUGCUCGUAUUAUCAGGAAGCUUCCAUGGAAGUAUGUAUAAAAUGAGACAAUGUAAAAUAAAGAUGUUUUUUGUAACAAUCUCUGCUCUGAUUGUGUGUCUGGGCUCUUCUAUAGAAACA